AUGGCACCAAAAAGGAAAUCGCUCCAGCAGUUGGAAAAAAAGAGAGAGAAGAGGCUGAAAAUUGAGUCGAAGGAGUUGUUAUCGUUAGAGCAAGUGAAAGCAUUAGGUGAGGAGAUCAAGAAUGCAUCAAAGUUCAAUAAUUUUGUACAGUUGCUUGAACAACUCAAAAUCAUUCAAGGAAUUCUCAUUGAGAAGGAAAGUAUUGAGGUGGAAACAUUGGGACGUCUCAUUUUGCUCGUUGUAUUUGAACGGUUUGAAGCGUUAUUCGAUGAAGGAAUGAUGAGAGGAUCCAAAAAACAAGACGAAAAGCAAAGACUAGUAACCAACUGGUUGGCAGACAAGUACGAAACCUUCAAAUCAAUCAUUCUUAAACUAUUACUGUCCAAACUAUAUUCAGAGACAUCAUUGCAGUUGGAUUCGAUGGAAAUUUAUUUGAGUAUGAUCAAGUUGGAAAGUCAAAGUUCAGAGAAACAGUUCCCCAAGAAAACAUAUCAACAAUUCCUCGAAGCAGUGUUGCAUAAUCGUAUCGGAGAAGAUUCAUCAGAUGGAUCGUCUAACAAUUUCAUUGUUUUAGAAUUUAGUGAAAUAUUCAAGAACUAUUGGGAUUUGCAAUUCUACUUUUUUGAUGUUGUCAAUGAUGUUCUUUGUUCAUGGAAAGACAAAUUAUCAGAUAAAAAGCUACAAAGGAUAUUUGCAAACUUUGUCACUAUUAUACGAAAUGGCUUAAAGUUUAAACCAGAGGAUCUCGAGGACGAACCUACCUGGGUUCCAAAGGACAAGUUGCCUUCAACAUUGUACAAACACAACAAGUUCAAAUCGCAAUUUCAAAAAUGCAUUUUGACAAUUUUGUCUUAUCCAUUGUCUUCACCACAAUACAAAUCAAUUUUGUUAAUUCUACAUAAACGUAUCAUUCCUUACAUGUCGCAACCACAAGGCUUAAUGGAUUUCUUAACAGACGCUUACAAUUUACAGGAUGACUUGAUUAUACCAAUAUUGUCGCUCAACUCAUUGUAUGAAUUGAUAAAGAACUACAAUUUGGAAUACCCUGACUUUUACGCAAAAUUAUACUCCUUGUUAAGACCCGAAUUAUUCUACACAAGGUAUAGAUCAAGAUUCUUUCGUUUAUGUGAUUUGUUCUUGUCGUCAACACAUUUGUCUGCAAGUUUAGUGGCUUCGUUCAUAAAGAAGCUAGCUAGAUUGGCAUUAACAUCUAGUGCAUCGGGUGUGGUCAUUAUCAUACCAUUCAUUUACAACUUGUUGAAAAGACACCCAACUUGUAUGAUAAUGUUGCACAAUACAGAUGAGUCACAACUAGGAGACCCAUUUGAAAACCUUGAGACAAACCCUUUGAACACAAAGGCUAUUGAGUCCUCACUAUGGGAAUUGGAAACGUUGAUGGGUCACUAUCAUCCAAACAUUGCCACUUUGGCUAGAAUAUUUGGCGAGCCAUUUAGGAAGCCAAACUAUAACAUGGAAGACUUUUUGGACUGGAGUUAUCAGAGCUUAAUGGAGACAGAAAAGUCCCGUAGAUACAAAAACCAAGCUGCUUUGGAAUUUGAAAGCUUUGACAGUGUUUUGGCAGAGAAUGGCAAAGAGGGGAAUAUUUUGUUAGACGGCUGGAGUUUAUAG